CCCCCCCACACAACAGAAAUACUAUCCUAUACAAUCUCCAAGACCUAUACCAACUCACCCACCCUGCUUCUUCUCUCUUUAUCCUUCCCAUGGCAAGAACAUCAGAGCCUCUCAUAGUAGGAAGAGUGAUUGGAGAUGUUCUUGACUCCUUCUCUCCAACAGUGAAUAUGACAGUGACUUACAAUGACAAGAAAGUCUGCAACGGCCAUGAGCUGUUCCCUUCCAAAGUUACCUUUAAGCCCAGGGUUGAGGUUCAUGGAGGAGACAUGAGAUCCUUCUUCACACUGGUGAUGACAGACCCAGAUGUUCCUGGCCCUAGUGAUCCUUAUUUGAGGGAGCACCUUCACUGGAUCGUGACGGAUAUUCCGGGCACCACAGAUGCUACAUUUGGAAGGGAGGUGGUGUGCUAUGAGAUACCAAGGCCCAACAUAGGAAUCCACAGGUUUGUGUUUGUGCUGUUCAAGCAAAAAAGCAGGAAUACGGUGAGCUUUCCAACUUCCAGGGAUCACUUCAACACUAGAAGCUUUGCUGCGGAGAACGAGCUUGGGCUUCCUGUAGCUGCUGUCUUCUUCAAUGGCCAGAGGGAAACAGCUGCAAGAAGACGUUGAUAUAUGAAUUGAAGCCCCAGCCCCUGUCAGUACCACAUCACAAAAAAAUUAAACCCUAAGUAAUUCAAAUUGUGAUGUUGAAGCUGGCUAGUUAGGCCCCAGCAAGAGACGCUCACAAAAAUUGUGCUUUUAAUCCCUUAGGAGAAUAAUAACAGUGUAGAGACAACUGAAGAAAAGAGGCUCUUGUUUGUUUCUACUCUUUUAUUUAAUCUCAACUUUACAUAUAUAUCCUUAGAGGUUAAAAGCUAUAUGAUUG